AUGGAGAACUUCAACUGCUUCAUUUUGGCCUUCUUUGUUGCCUUGUCAUUUUCAGGCAUGGAUGUUGGCUUAGCAGCUCGUCAUCUCUUGCAAUUGUCUCCAUUGCCUUCAGUGCCGAACUUGCCAACACCUGUACUGCCACCAAUGCCAGCCAGCCCUACUCUCCCACAGCCAACCUUGCCAACCUUGCCAACUGUUCAAACUUCUCUGCCUCCUCUUCCUAGCUUGCCCAUUGUCCCCACCAUCCCAAUGGUCACUUUGCCUCCUUUACCCAGCAUUCCCUUGAUUCCCACUAUCCCAACGAUAAUUCCAUCCAUCCCAUUCCUUUCUCCACCACCUGGAAACUAG